AUGGCUGGACGCGGUGGUCGUGGGGGAGGCAAAGUCCUUCUCCCUCCCAUCAAUUUCAUCUUCAAGCUUCUCCAACAACGGGCGACAGUGUCGAUAUGGCUGUAUGAAAACCUUGGGCUGCGAAUCGAAGGAAAGCUCAGAGGAUUUGACGAAUUCAUGAACCUGGUUAUCGACGACGCGGAGGAGGUUGCCUACGAGAAGAAGAGCGGCAAAGAAGAGAGCCGGCGCAAGCUCGGGCAAAUCAUGUUGAAAGGCGAUAACAUCUCAUUGAUCCAGCAAGUCCAGUGA